AUGAACGCACCCGAAGUAGUGCGACGCUACGCGGUUACGCUGUUGGAGGCCGCCGAUGAAACGGGCGCGACCGCGGCAGUGCAGCGCGACGUCGAGCGGCUUUUGCAGACGGUGCGCCAAUCCGGCGAGUUGGUCGAGUUUUUGUCCAACCCCCUAGCCGACAGCCAAGCUCAAGCCAAUGUUCUGCGGCAGCUUUUCAGCGGCAAGGUCGCCGAGCGCGAGGGCAUAAUCGGCGCUGAAGUGCGCUCGGCCGUGGCGUUGAGCGAGGAGCAGUGCCAGCGCCUACAAGCGCGCUUAGAGCACCACAGCGGCCGCAAAGUACGCUUGGAGGUCCAAGUCGAUACCAGCCUGCGGGGCGGCGCGGUCGUCCGCGUCGGCGACACCGUAUUCGACGGCAGUGUGAACACCUAUCUAGAGCGCCUACAAGCGCGUCUGGCCGGUUAG